GGCGGGGCCGACUCGGAGCCGUGGUUAGUCCAGCGCUGGGUGGCGAGCGCCGGAGAGGCCUGUCCUGUGUAGCGCGCAGGUAGGCAGCAGCUGCAGCAGGAGCAGUAGCCGCCGUGUGAGGGAGCCAUGAAGCACUAUGAGGUGGAGAUUCUGGACGCCAAGACGAGGGAGAAGCUGUGUUUCCUGGAUAAGUUCAUCCCCCCCUACCAGAUCCUGGGUCCAGGUUCCCCCAGACCUGACGUUCCUGCACCCAUGCUUCCCCCAGGUGGAGCCCCACGCCACCAUUGCGGAGAUCAAGAACCUCUUCACCAAGAACCAUCCGCAGUGGUACCCUGCCCGCCAGUCCCUCCGUCUGGACCCCAAGGGCAAGUCCCUGAAGGACGAGGAUGUGCUACAGAAGCUGCCUGUGGGCACCACGGCCACACUGUACUUCCGGGACCUGGGGGCCCAGAUCAGCUGGGUGACGGUCUUCCUGACGGAGUAUGCGGGGCCCCUUUUCAUCUACCUGCUCUUCUACUUCCGAGUGCCCUUCAUCUACGGCCACAAAUACGACUUCACGUCCAGUCGGCACAACGUGGUGCACCUCGCCUGCCUCUGCCACUCAUUCCACUACAUCAAGCGCCUGCUGGAGACGCUGUUCGUGCACCGCUUCUCCCACGGCACCAUGCCUCUGCGCAACAUCUUCAAGAACUGCACCUACUACUGGGGCUUCGCCGCGUGGAUGGCCUAUUACAUCAACCACCCUCUCUACACGCCCCCCACCUACGGAGCUCAGCAGAUUAAGCUGGCGCUUGCCAUUUUUGUGAUCUGCCAGCUCGGCAAUUUCUCCAUCCACAUGGCCCUGCGGGACCUGCGGCCGGCCGGGUCCAAGACUCGGAAGAUUCCAUACCCCACCAAGAACCCCUUCACGUGGCUCUUCCUGCUGGUGUCCUGCCCCAACUACACGUACGAGGUGGGGUCCUGGAUUGGCUUUGCCAUCAUGACACAGUGUCUCCCAGUGGCCCUCUUCUCCCUGGUGGGCUUCACCCAGAUGACCAUCUGGGCCAAGGGCAAGCACCGCAGCUACCUGAAGGAGUUCCGUGACUACCCGCCCCUGCGUAUGCCCAUCAUUCCCUUCCUGCUCUGAGCGGUCCCCUCACCGGCCUCUGCCAAGCCUGGCUGUUGCCCCCACCCCAGUGUCGUUCUGGGGGAGGGGUGGGGGCUGUGCUCUCCCACACCUGGAAUAAAACCUGCCUGCCCCAGCGGGA